GACUGGUGUGUGUCCUUUCAGGAGGCUGUGACGUUUGGUGAUGUGGCUGUGCACUUCUCACGGGAGGAAUGGCAGUGUCUGGACCCUGGCCAGAGGGCCCUCUACAAGGAGGUGAUGCUCGAGAACCACAGCAGUGUGGCCGGACUAGCAGGAUUCCUGGUCUUCAAGCCUGAGCUGAUCUCCCGGCUGGAACAGGGUCAGGAGCCAUGGGUCCUUGACCUGCAAGGAGCGGAGGGGAGAGAGGCAGCCAGGACCUCCCAGGCAGAUUCUGCAGUCGGGACCAAGAGUGAGCAGGCCUGUGAAGACAUUGACCGUCUAAAAUCAGAAUCCCAUGUGGUCAUGGUCAAAACCCCGUCCCAGGACUUUCCCCAGAGUCCUGGCUUUGGAGACACCUCUGAUCCUGAGGUCUGUUCAGAGAGUCAGCCAACCUCCCUCUUCCAGAAAAACUGCUUGAACAUAGGGACUGUGGCUCCCAGGGAGACCUUUGCUGAGGACGAGACCCAGGGGUGUGGCGAGCGGGGGAGCGGUGGCCGCCUGGGUUGUCGACGUGAUCAAAGUCAGGGGUCCUUGCAAAGAUGUGACAUCUGUGGUAGGAGUUUCCAAUCUACUUCAGAUGUCUCUCUGCAUCAGGAAAUUAAUACACAGAAGAGACCUAACAGCUGCCAGGAGUGCCAAAAAAAAUUACCUGAUUGCUUACAGGGGAGACAUCUGAGUACCUUGCAUGGAGAGAAGCCGUAUGAGUGUGAGGAGUGUGGGAAGGUCUUCAGGUUGUGCUCACAGCUUACUCAGCAUCAGAGGAUCCAUACUGGAGAGAAGCCAUUUAAAUGCACAGAGUGUGGGAAGGCCUUUCGCCUGAGCUCGAAACUCAUUCAGCAUCAAAGGAUUCACACUGGGGAGAAGCCCUACAGGUGUGAGGAAUGUGGAAAAGCCUUUGGUCAGAGCUCUAGCCUCAUCCACCAUCAGAGGGUCCACACGGGAGAGAGGCCCUAUGGCUGCCGGGAGUGCGGGAAGGCCUUCAGCCAGCAGUCUCAGCUGGCCAGGCACCAGAGGACACACACGGGAGAGAGGCCCUACCCAUGCCAGGAGUGUGGGAAGGCCUUCAGCCAGAGUUCAACCCUAGCUCAGCACCAGCGGAUGCACGCUGGGGAGAAACUUCAGCUCCCAAGAGCCCCGGAUAGUCCCAGCCUGGUUGCACAUCAGAGGUUGCAUGCUACCGAGAAACCAUUUAAGUGUGACGAGUGUGGGAAGGCUUUCCGGUGGGUCUCCCGCCUUAGUCAGCAUCAGCUGACGCAUACUGGAGAGAAACCUUAUAAAUGCAACAAGUGUUCAAAGGCCUUUGGUUGCAGCUCACGGCUUAUUCGCCACCAAAGAACUCACACUGGAGAAAAACCAUUUAAGUGUGAUGAAUGUGGGAAAGGCUUUGUCCAGGGCUCACACCUAAUUCAGCAUCAGAGAAUUCACACUGGAGAGAAGCCCUAUGAGUGCAGUGACUGUGGGAAGGCCUUCAGCCAGAGCUCAAGCCUCAUUUACCAUCAGAGGAUCCAUAAAGGGGAGAAGCCCUACGAGUGCCUCGAAUGUGGAAAAGCCUUCAGUAUGAGCACACAGCUCACAAUACACCAGCGGGUGCACACGGGGGAGAGGCCCUAUAAGUGCAGUGAAUGUGGAAAAGCCUUUAGUCAGAACUCCACCCUUUUCCAGCACCAGAUCAUUCACGCUGGGGUGAAGCCCUAUGGAUGCAGUGAGUGUGGGAAAGCCUUCAGCCGGAGCUCGUACCUCAUCGAGCACCAGAGGAUCCACACUCGAGCCCAGUGGUACCACGAGUAUGGGAAUACUCUGGAAGCUUCUACCCACAUGAGCCGUAAGAAAGUUAAUACUGUAAAGAAACUUCAUAAAUGUAAUGAAUGUGAAAAAAUAUUCAGAUGGCGCUCGCAUCUAAUUAUACACCAGAGAAUUCACACUGGAGAGAAACCUUAUAAAUGUAAUGAAUGUGGCAAAGCUUUUAAUAGGAGCUCAAGGCUUACUCAGCAUCAGAAAAUUCACAUGGGAUAG